AAUGAAUAAACAUCCAUGUUUUAAUAAUUUUCAUAUAAAGCUGUAUGCGGAAAUGGAAAGGGAAAAAUCCCCCCGUUCGGCUCCCUACUUCCCGGCAAGGUAUUAGACUAAGAAAUGGAGUUGAAUAGCAUUAAAGAUGCAUUUGAUCGUGUGAUGAAGAAGCAGAAAUUAUCUUCUUCCAAAAGUCAAGAAGUAGUUGAUCAAAUCCAUCUGGAGAUGGAGCAGGUGCUACACAAAAUACAGUUUGCUGAUAAUCCUGAAUGUCCAAUUGAUUUGAAUUCAGUUUUUGCUGAACUCAAAACUAAAUUAAAAGAUAUUGCCCCACUCGCUCAGCUUGAAAGCACACAAAAGGAGUUGAAUGCUGCCCGAACCAAGUAUCCUAAGCUUGUGGAGAAAUCUUUCAAUCCAGAUAUAUCAAAAGCUUAUAGAAACGUUGACUUUGAUAGGCAUACUGUUGACCAUAUUAUUGCUCGUCAUUUCUAUUGCCAGGGUAUGUUUGAACUUGGUGACUGCUUUAUUAGUGAGGCUGGCCAGUCAGAAUCUUCUGCCUCAUUGAGGUCUCCAUUUCAGGAACUGUAUCAGAUCCUUGAAGCAAUGAAGUCCCGGAAUCUAGAGCCAGCUAUGAACUGGGCUCUGAAUAGCUCAAAUAAACUUAAAGAAUGUGGGUCGGAUAUUCUGCUAAAACUUCAUACCAUGCAGUUCAUGGGGAUUCUACAGAAGGGCGAUAGACAUGACGCUUUGAAGUAUGCUAGGACGUACCUGGCUCCUCUUGCAUCCAACCACAUGGCUGAACUUCAGAAGCUUAUGGCUUGCCUACUAUGGACAGGAAGGCUUGAUUGCUCCCCAUACUCCCAAUCACAAUUAAUGUCAGUAGCCAAUUGGGAUAAAAUUGCUGAAGAGCUUAUAAGACAGUACUGCAAUUUUCUUGGUCAGUCCUACGAGAGCCCAUUGGGUGUAGUGGUUGCAGCAGGGGUACAGGGAUUGCCUCUCCUCCUCAAGUUUAUGAAUGUCAUGGCGGGGAAAAAACAUGAAUGGCAAUCUACGAAGCAGUUGCCUGUGCCCGUCGAGUUGGAUAGAGAAUUUCAGUUCCAUUCCAUCUUUGUUUGUCCAGUAUCGAAGGAACAGUCAACCGAAGAAAAUCCACCAAUGUUGAUGCUGUGUGGCCACGUCCUCUGCAAGCAGUCUAUCAUCAAGAUGUCUAAAAACAGCACAAAAUCGUUUAAGUGCCCAUAUUGUCCAACAGACAUUGAUUCUACUCGGUGUAGGCCAUUGUACUUUUGACGCUUACACAAAAGGGUACGGAUUUGGCGAUGGGCCUAAUUUCAUCGCCAUUAGGCCUUGACGAUGGAGAUGGGGAAUUUAAUGUUAGGCCAAUACAGAUCCAUGCAUCCUGUCACCCAACUAUUCCAAUCAGUGACAAGCUACAUCAGAACACAUCCGAGAAGAAUACUGAAGGUUAGUUCACAAUAACUUUCAAAAGUAGUACUUUUAAGUGAAUUAUUAUUAUUAUUAUUUUAUCAGAAUUCAGAACUUUGGAAGAAAGCACUAAUUAAAUGUUUCUUCUUGUAAUUUAUUUUGUUUUCAAUUAUCCCAAGUCUUCCUCACUGACUUCUAAGUUCUAACUAUCACUGUUACUGUUUUUAAAGUUACGUCAAACUCAUUCUUACCCGUGCAUGUUGUAUAGUUCAUACAUUUCUUUAAGAUCUAUAUCCAAUGAUUUUACUUACUUCCCUUACUAUUUGUAUAUUCUGCACAAAAUGAUUCGUGUGUCAUACUAUUGAGGACGCAAGAAUAUUUGAAAGAAAGGAUAAAGACUUACCCCUUGAUUACUAACUUUUGCACCUCCUCCUCAAGUCUUUUGUCGCUCAUUAUGGAG